AUGCAAAAUUAUGAAAAUGGAAGAGUUACUAUUUUAUCCGAAUAUGUUUGUAUUGAUAACUGUAUUAACUGUGAAAACAAUUUAACAUGUCUUGAAUGUGAUUCAAAUCAUGUUUUAUAUGAAGGAAAAUGUGAACAUAUUAAUGAUGAUAGAUUAAUCUAUAAUGCAGCUGGAUAUAAUACAUAUUCUAGUGAAUUACGGCCAGGAUUAUAUGAUAUUGAGUGUUUUGGAGCCCAAGGUGGAGAUUAUUGGAUAGGCCCACUAUCAACUUACCAAGGAGGUCCAGGAUCGUAUGCGCAUGCUAAAAUCAAAGUGACUAAUCGAAGUCUCCCAUAUGUUGUCGAAGUUGGUGAGAAAGGAAAUGAUAACCUCUACAAUCCUGAUGGAUGUCGUCCAGAUGGUGGUUUCCCCAUUCUUACAAGUGAAGGAUAUAAGGCAAGUGGUGGUGGUGGAUCUAGUCGUGUUGUUUUAGACGAAAGACUUUAUAUUGUUGCUGCCGGAGGUUCAGGUGGAUUCAUUGAUUCAGGCGGUGCAUUUGGCGGCGGAAAUAAUACAUGUUUCUACCGAAAUACUACUAACUACGAUGUUUAUGAAACCAGUGACACCAUAUACAUGUCAAAUGAUCGAUUUGGUGGCAAUGGCACUUCCAAACUCAUUGGCUCAAACAUAAAGUAUGGAAGUGGUGGUGGGGGAGGCUAUCGUGGUGGUAAAGGAAGCUGGGAAGAUGGAAACCCAUUUAGUGUUGGAGUUAGCGGCACUUCAUUCAUUUCAUAUGACGAAUCUAUUAUUUUUUCUGAGAUAAAGAAUGGACAAAAAGUUUCACAUCUUGGAAAUGGAAAAGUUACUAUUCGAUCUGAAUAUAUUUGCAUUGAUAACUGUUCUAACUGCGAAAAUAGUGAAACAUGUCUUGAAUGUGAUUCAUCUCAUGUUUUAUAUGAAGAUAAAUGUGAAUUUAGAACAUGUCCUAAUGGACAUAUUGUUCGAAACAAAGAAUGCAUUCCAUGUUCUGACGGAUUACUUGUUCAAAACGAUCAGUGUGUUAAAGAAUGUGAUGAAGGAUAUUUCUUAGAUUUAACAAAUAGAAGAUGCAAUCAAUGCAGUGAAAAUUGUAAGAAAUGUGAAAAUGAAAACACAUGCUCAAAAUGUGAUUCCAAUUCCUUCUUGAAAGAUCACAAAUGUGUUGAAUCAUGUGGAGAUGGAUAUUACCAAAACAAUGACACAAAUAAUUGCACAGCAUGUUCAGUGACAAACUGUUUAAGCUGCCCAACUAAUGAAGGUACAUGUGAUAUAUGUUCAGAAGAAUUUGUUCUAUAUAAUAAUAGCUGUAGUUCAAAUCAAUGUCCAAAUAGUUACUUCAGUGAUUCAAACAAAGUUUGUCAAUCAUGUGGACAUAACUGCAAUAAAUGUUCAUCACGCUCUAAAUGCGAUGAAUGUAUCUCAAUUGACAUGUUUGCUGAUUCUAAAGGUAACUGCACAUACUAUCGCACUCCAUCAUAUGAUUCCCUUCUUAAUCUUCAACCACUUAGUCGUGAAAUUCGGAGACGCAAGAAGAGUUAA